CCACGGGCAGGAAGCACUGACUGGGGACUUCUUAAAACCUUUAGAGUAAAAUAAGAACAACUGACAGCAUUUCAAGUAUGUGAUGUCUGUAAAAUCUAAACACUAAAGAAAUUGGCUUGACAAGAGUAAAAUGGAGAUGAAUUUGAAGAGACUGAAGGAAUAUAAGCGCUCUGUGUCUGACUCUGCACAGGGUCUAGAUGGCUUAGUUAGUUUAAAAGAAUACCAGUGGUGUCAGAGUGGCAAGCAGAGGAUAGAUAAGCAGGCCUACUUGGAUUUUGAAAAGCCUAUUGAUAGCUACAGGUGGAAGACUUGCACAAGAGUAAACAUUAAUGCGCUCAAUCAAAGCAUGUCUGAGAAUCUGAGCCCACAUGAGUUCGACUCUCCUAAGACAGUGGAGCAUCAACGAAAAACAUCAAGUCUCAAUGUCUUGGUGGAGCCUGUCCAAGGGCCACAUUGCUCUUCUGCCAGGCCAACACAGAUCCCUUUUAGCCGCUCUGUGUCUGAGCCUGGUACGAAUGCAGUCACUGAGAAGCCGGCACUGCGACAGGUCUACUCGGACGCAGAGCAGCGACAGCAUUUCUUACAGGGGCUGUUUUCAACUGUGUCCAGCCGAGUUUCAAGGAUUUUGAGCCAUAAGCAAAAGCCUUGCAAGGGAACGCCAAAGGGAGAUAUGAAAGGGCCGCCCACCCACCGACUGUCUUGCGGCCAGUCCCCCUACACCGAGACCACCACAUGGGAGAGGAAGUACUGUAUCCUGACGGACAGCCAGCUGAUACUGCUCAACAAGGAGGAAGAGAUGCCGGUUGAAGUGCUCCAUGAAAGCCAAUCAGACUCCUCCAAGAGGAGAAGCCUGCGGAGGACAGUCAGCGUGCCGUCAGAGGGGCAGUUCCCGGAGUACCAACCUGAGGGUGUUGCAAAGCUGGAGGUGUCUGCUGAAAGGUCCCCCAGAAGGAGAAGUAUUUCGGGACUCGGGAGCUCCGAGAAGAACAGCUCCAUGGAUGGACCCAACUCUUCCCCUUUCAAAGUGCCGGGUUUCUUCAGCAAACGACUUAAGGGUUCAAUUAAGAGGACGAAAAGUCAGUCCAAACUGGAUCGCAACACCAGCUUUCGACUGCCCUCCCUGAGAAACGGCGACAAUGACAGGUCCCGUGGCUUGCCCAAGCUAAAGGAGUCGCGCUCUCAUGAGUCUUUGCUGAGCCCAGGUAGUGCAGUGGAAGCCUUGGAGCUGGGAAUGGAAGACGAUGUGUUUAUCAAACCCCUGCACAGCAGCAUUCUGGGUCAGGAAUUCUGUUUUGAGGUAGCUUAUUCAGGGGGGAGCAAGUGUUUCAGUUGCUCAUCUGCAGCAGAGAGGGACAAGUGGAUGGAGAACCUAAAGAGAACAGUGCAGCCAAACAAGGACAACUGCAGGAGGGCAGAGAAUGUUCUGCGGCUGUGGAUAAUUGAGGCCAAGGACCUCCCUCCCAAGAAGAAGUAUUUCUGUGAGCUGUGCCUGGAUGACGUGCUGUAUGCCCGCACCACCAGCAAGACCAAAGCAGACAACCUCUUCUGGGGUGAGCACUUUGAGUUCUACAGCCUGCCACUGGUACGCAGUAUCACUGUGCACAUCUACAAGGACGUGGACAAGAAGAAGAAGAAGGACAAGAACAACUAUGUGGGGCUGGUGAACAUCCCCAUGGGCAGUGUCACUGGUCGGCAGUUCAUGGAGAAAUGGUACCCGGUUAGCACCCCCACACCCAGCAAGGGCAAGGGGAGCGGACCCUCCAUCCGCAUCAAGUCUCGCUUCCAAACCAUCUCCAUCCUCCCCAUGGAGCAGUACAAGGAGUUUGCAGAGUUCAUAACCAACAACUACACAAUGCUGUGUUCCGUCUUGGAGCCUGUCAUCAGUGUAAAGAACAAAGAGGAGAUGGCAUGUGCACUGGUGCAUAUCCUCCAGAGCACGGGGAGAGCAAGGGAUUUCCUGACAGAAUUGGUGAUGUCGGAGGUGGAUCGUUGUGGUGACCACGAUGUCCUGAUCUUCCGGGAAAACACCCUGGCAACCAAAGCCAUUGAGGAGUACCUGAAGCUGGUUGGGCAGAAAUACCUUCAUGACGCACUGGGAGAGUUCAUCAAGGCGCUGUAUGAGUCAGAUGAGAACUGUGAGGUGGACCCUGGUAAAUGCUCCUUGAAUGAACUGUCUGAACACCAGAGUAACCUCAAAAUGUGCUGUGAACUUGCUUUCUGCAAGAUAAUCAACUCAUACUGUGUUUUUCCUCGUGAGCUGAAAGAGGUAUUUGUAGCCUGGAAGGAAGAGUGUCUCAACCGCGGGAAGCAGGACAUCAGUGAACGUCUCAUCAGUGCCUCCCUGUUCCUGCGCUUCCUGUGUCCUGCCAUCAUGUCACCCAGCCUUUUCAACCUCAUGCAGGAGUACCCAGAUGACCGGACGUCGCGCACACUAACCCUCAUAGCCAAGGUCAUCCAGAACCUAGCCAAUUUCGCCAAAUUUGGCAAUAAGGAGGAGUACAUGGCAUUUAUGAAUGACUUCCUGGAGCACGAGUGGGCUGGGAUGAAGCGAUUCCUCAUGGAAAUCUCGAACCCAGACACGAUAUCCAACACGCCUGGGUUUGAGGGGUACAUAGACCUGGGCCGGGAGCUCUCUGUGCUGCACUCGCUCCUAUGGGAGGUGGUCUCACAGCUUGACAAGGGUGAAAAUUCCUUCCUGCAGGCGACCGUGGCUAAGCUUGGGCCACUCCCACGUAUCCUGGGUGACAUCACCAGGUCUCUGUCUAGUCCGACGCCCAUCCAGCAGCAGUUAAGACGGUUCCAGGAUCAUAGCUCCUCCCAGAAUAUCAGUGGCAGCGUUGCUUCAGGACUGCACAGGAUAUUUGAAGACCCUGGGGACAGUGAUUUACACAAAGUGAAGUCACCUGCACAGGAGCACAUGGACGGAUACUUCCGGGGCAAGCAGUCAUUUCUGGGGCAGCAGUCGUCCACCCAGAGCAUGAGCUACUCUGGCAAGGAAGAGCGGGAAAAACUCCUGCCCAAUGGCCGCAGCGUCUCGCUCAUGGACCUUCAGGAGAGUCACAUGAGCCACAGCGAGAGGGCACCUAUUCACGAGGUGCCAGCCAGGCUCACUGGGAGCCAGCUCUCUAUGGGGGGGCACCCACACCCACACAACCAGCAGCAGCAUCACCACCAAGCUCCUGCCAAACCCCCUCCACAGGAGGCACAGAACAUGCCUCAGAGCGCUCCCCAGAUCCGCCGACCGCUGCACUCCGCACUAAGCCAUCAAGGCAGCCUGCAGCCACUGUCCUUCCAGAACCCUGUCUACCACCUCAGCAACCCCCCUCAGCAAGCAUGCGGGCCAGACUCCAGCUCAGAGAACAUAAGCACGGAGAGCUCACGCAGCCACAGCAACAGUGAGGACUGUGCUGGCGCUGGCAAGCUGAGCGCCCCUUCCAACAGCAGCAUGGAGGACUUCAGCAGGGGCAGCACGCAGAGCGAAGACUGCGUCCCCCGGCGCCACACUGUGCCUGAUCGGCACGCCAUGCCUCCGCCUGUGGCCCUGCCUAGGCAGAACAGUGCUGGUCAAGCCCUGAUUGUGCGCGUGGAGCAGCAGAGUCACAGUGGGAGUGGGGGUGCCAGAACACCUCGAUCACUGCCCCACAGUGCCUCACUGCGCAGCACAAGCAGUGUUACAGGAAUCCCAGUCCCUGUGGAGGCGUCUUUGCACAAUGGAAACCGUUCCAGGCAGCAGUCUACCUCCUCCAGGGAGAGCCCAGUGCCCAAAGCCAGAAUGGUACAUAAACAACAACAACCUCAACAGGUGCAGUCUCCUGUGGAGUCUAUCACAAUGUCUCCAGUGGAGAGGACGGCGGCCUGGGUCCUCAACAACGGGCAAUAUGAGGAUGAGGAGACAGAGCAGGGUCGUGAUGAGAGCAAGCAUGUGGCAAAGUAUGAGCAGGAGAUUGCAAAACUGAAGGAGAAGCUGCGGCUGUCUAGCCAGCGCCUUGAGGAAUAUGAGCUGCGGCUACUGGCCCAGGAGCAGCAGAUGCAGAAGCUGUUGAUGGAGUACAAGGCCCGGUUGGAUGACAGCGAGGAGAGGCUGCGGCGGCAGCAGGAGGAGAAGGACAGUCAGAUGAAGAGCAUCAUCAGCAGGUUGAUGGCAGUGGAAGAGGAGCUGAGAAGAGAUCACGCUGAGAUGCAGGCUGUUAUUGAUUCCAAACAGAAAAUUAUUGACGCACAGGUCAUUAAUGGGGCUGAGGUAACCCAAACAGGAGAAGAGGAUCUCCUCGCUGGAUGUGGCAAACUCGCGGCUCAUGAGCGCAUUGACGCAGGUGAAGGAGCGCUACAGUGUGCAGAACACCCACAAUGGGAUCUCGCCUACCAAUCCCACCAAGCUGUCCAUCACAGAGAAUGGAGAGUUCAAGAACAGCAGCUGCUGACGACAUCGGCACGACACCCAGCACGGGGAAAGCGCUAGCCAAUGGGUCGCUAAUGGACUGAAACCAACCGGUUUACUACUGGUGCUGCUAAAUCAACAGAAAGAAAUAGCCAUUGCGUUUGGUUCCUAUUUACAAAAUAUACAGAUAAGGAAUGUUGCCCUCCAUAUCACUGUAUAUAGCAAUAUCUUGUAUGGGUCUUGUACAGAGAUGUAUUGUAAGAUACUGCCAAGGAAAGAAGGACUCGGGGGAGGGGGGUGGUGUUGAUAUUAUUUGUGUUGUGUCUUAUAAAUAACGUUCCCCAGUGCGUCACACAGAGCAGAUUUAUGCAGAAUUUUACGAGUUUAUUUUUUUGUGUGUGUAAUUUGAAGAUUCACUAGCUAGGAGCUGUACAUAUCGUAAGGGGAAUUUAAACAAAAAAUAAAAUAAAAAAAGCACAUAGGAAAUAAAUAGCAACAUAGUGAUUUAUAGAAUCAGUAUAGGUUGGAGGAAUGUUUUUAAUGAAAGUGUAAGGAUUAAAGGAAGUGUGAUGGCAUUUUGUGCACUUUGGCAAUCACAGUUUUGUUUUUCCUUUUUUAUUCUCUAAAAGAGCUUUCAGUUUAUUUUGAUGAAAUGCAAGUGCUUUUUAACUUUACAAAUCUAAGGCUGCCCAGUUCAUGGCUUCUUCAGAAUUUCUCCCUGGUAUUAUUGUACCCAAAAAUGACUUUAUUUUUUUUCUUUCUGCAGUUGGGUAAAAAUGAUAGUUUUGUUUUUAUUUGCCUUGUUUUCUUGGAAGAGAUAUUUUGAUCUUUGUUAAAAAUCAAGGAAUGCCUCUUAUUGUUCAGUUCAUGGUAAUACGAGUUUUCUGCCUGUUACAAGGUUUUAAGAAGUGUUCUUUACAUGUAGGUGAUUUGCAAUUUGCUUGACCGUUCAGUUAACAAAGUUUCUUUGUCCAGUCAAGCUAAUUUUGAUGAUCAUCCAAUAAUUGCACUGCCAGAUGAAAAAAAAACAACAAAAAACAAACAAGUCAAGUCAAAUGCAAACCCCCCACUACUGACAAGUGCUUCAUAAGGUGUUUUUAUUAAGUUGAGUCACCUUAUUGUCAAGCUGUUCAAAGAUUUGUUUACACUCCAGGAUAAUUGAUGGAAAGAAAGGAAUGGCAUAAACUUGUGCAAGUUCACUGUAUUUAUGUAAACUGUAACUUUGUAUAUCAAAUUAACGGGUAUCAAGGAAUCAUUAAGUUCUUUAUAACAGAAGGGAUAUUUAUAUCAAUAUGUAAGUAUUGACUUUAAAAAUGUUACAUAAACUUAUCUGUAUAUUAGUUACACUAACCCAAAUUAGGGGUCAGAUUCAAAAGACCAUUGUGUCAACUGGAAAAUGUUUGUCUUCAGCAUGUGCUACUGUACAGGUGUAAAGCUUCACGAAACUGGGGCUUUACAAAAACUCAAACCUACAAGGGGUCAAAUAAUAAUUUUAAAUAGUUUAGUUACCAGACUAAAAACAGAGUUACCUUUCUUAUCUGACGGAAACCUCAUUCCAAGGGAACAAAGAAGGAAAGGAAGGAAGGAAGGAAGCUCUCAGUGGAAGAUGUUUUCAAUUAAAUGAAAAAUAUUUAUUGCAUUAGAAAUGCAAUAGUGGUUUCUGUCAUCAAUACCAUAUUAAGAACAUGAACAUGGUAAUACGUUGUAUUACCUCCCAUAAUUAAAGGGACACUAACAACUGUAGGGCGUCUUUUGUAGAAAAAAAGAUGGAUCACUAAAAAGUAAUAGCACAUACUGAAGAAAAACACUUGAGUUCCAGUUAGGAAAUUGAGCCCUGCCUGUGAAAGCCUUAGCUGUAUCUUUGCACUUUGUACCUGUAAGCCUUUGUGCGUUUGAUGGCACCUGUUCACAGAUGUUUAACAUGUAGCAAAAGCAGUUUGGUGUGACUGAAAAAGUCUUCCCAUUGGCUAAAUAAAACUGCAAUCAGGACUUCCUAGGACACAAGGCUGUCAUGCUUAGCAGAAAACAAAAAAUAUAUUGUAAGUAAUAGUAACUUGAUGUGUAAAUGCAUUACACAACAGGCUCUACCAAGCCUAACAAUACACCCAAAGAUUUGUUCAAUAGGGUUACUACAUUUGAUGUAAAUCCUGAUUAAAGAUGACCCUUUCCAUGUAAGUUGCCAUAUCAUUUCAUACCUUUUAUUGCUGGAAUUUAAAUUUGUGUGUGGAAGGCGGUAGAGGGGUUUAAUUUAAUUUUCCUGGUUGAAAAGAGAUGGAGCACACAUACACAAACAGAGGUUAUUGUUGUGUACAAUUUAACAACAUAAUAUAUUGGCUUAAAUAAAGUUUGUUAUUCAAUACAUUUGCAAAUGUGACUGGCAGACAAGUGACAAUAUAUAACAAUGACAGAAAGUCUAAAAAAGUGACCGCUUCCCAAAGCACUGUCAAACAAUGCCUCCAGUACCCCUGUGAUCCAUAUGGUGGUGCUGUUCGACAAGAAAGCCAUUGUUGGGUUUAUUUUACCAACAGAGAGAAACGCCCACACCCCCUGCUGGUUCAAAACAGUUUUGCAACACUUUUAAUGUGAGAUGACUUUUGAAACCUUAAUCUCAGGAAUCCACACUUGGGGAAAUCUGUGUAGUUCUCUUUAUUUUCCUAUUCUUGUCUUCUGUUUUGAAUUGUUUUUCUCUCUGGUGCUUUAAAGGCUCAUAAGUAGCUGCACCAUGUAGCAUUCAGGCUUAUCGACAGUGAAGCUCAAUAAACAGUGUAAUUCUGUGCGUCCCAAGUUACAUCCAGAGCUUAUAGAAAAUAUUUUGAAUGCGAUGAACAAUAUGAAGGAGAUAAGGAAAUGAAGCUCUGAGGUGUUUUUUCAAAGAUGAAUCCCACGAUACACAGAAUAAAUAUUGUAUCUCAAAUGUUUUAAAAAAAAAAAAUUGGAACUAAGACCGAAAUAACGUGGAAUUUCUGCUGACAUGAUUAAAAUUUAAUUUGAGUAAAA